UCCAUGGAAGUGAAUCCUCUGGAAGGUCUCAUGUCAGUUGCUGUGAACCACCAGCUUGCGUCCAGCUCCACUGCAGAGCAGCAGAGCCAGCGUGGCUGUGUGGCCGGCAGCCCAGCAUCCCUGCACGGACACAGACAGAGCGUACGCAGCAGCCGGGAGGAGAGGAAAUGGGUGCAGUCUGUGUGUGGGUCCAGGUUAAACUCUGGCUCCGGUUGUGGUUCUGCAGCUCAGACCAGGACGCUGCGGAAUCAGUACUCCCCGGAGAACGCGGCGCGAGAGCGGAGCCGAGUACGCAACCUGCGACAGGCUUUCCACAGCCUGCAGGCUGCUCUGCCAUCCGUCCCACCUGACACCAAGCUGUCCAAGCUGGAUGUUCUGGUUCUGGCUACCAACUACAUAGCCCACCUGACAGAGACUCUGGACCAGGGAGGGCUGCUGGCUGAGCAUACCUUGCCCUCCAGGCCGGGUGGAUACCUACAUCCUGUUAAGAAGUGGCCUAUGCGUUCCCUGCUCUACUGUGGCAGCGUGGGGGAGCUGCUAUCAGGAGUCCCGACCAAUCAGGUGUCUCCAUCUGGACGGGACGGGAUCCACUCGCUGACUCCUGCCUUAGAAGCAAACAGAGAGUGAUAGUGGCACAUAGGACCUAACUUUCACACUGUUUCUUAUCUCUAAUUUGAGCUUUUAUUGACAGUAAAGGACAAGUCAAAGCAAAGAGACACUGAGCUGCAGCUUUUAAAGCAUGUUACACAGUUACUUAAGAUGUUUUUUUAAAUCACUUUUGCCAUCCAAAAGCAAUAGGACAGCAGACAUUUGAAUGGAGUUUUUGGUUUGCCAGGGCUUAAGUGAACCUGUAUCUACUAUACAAGGAUGGUCAGCCAUUUUUAGCUCCAGCUUUUGCAAAAGUCUGUAAAUGUCACCAGUCAGUUUAUUUCAACAUUUCAAGAUAUUUCAUUUCAAUCUUUAAUGCAGAAACUU